AUGGCGCCCCUAUUUGAUCUCUCUGUGUAUCGCGGUGAGCCCACCCCAGAAGACAUCGCGGCAGCCAAUGCUCAAGUUCACCAACACGAGCGGGCAAUCACCUCAAUUCACGCGCGCAUCGCUGCACUGCUCGCCGACGUCGCCCGGCUCCGGGUCGUAGAGGCCCAGCACAACGAAGCGAUCCGCACCUGCAAGGGCGUCACCACCCUCGCCCGCCGCAUACCCGACGAGCUCCUCGCACAAAUCUUUGAGCAAUGCGUCGCCGACGGCUGGACGCGUGCCCCCGUGGUCGUUUCCGCCGUGUGCUCCGCCUGGAGGCGCGCAGCCCGCGCCCCGCGCGUAUGGAGCCAUGUCUACGUGAACUGCAGCUCGCCGGACGCACUUGCCCGCACGCGCUACUGGGUCACUAUGGCCCGCGCUGCGCCGCUCGAUGUCACCCUCGUCUCGGUGUGGAACCCGACCUGGCAGCUUGAGGAGCUCAUGGACCUCCUCCUGCAGCACGCCGGUCGCUGGCGCACACUCGCCAUCGAGUCAACAAGUCUCUACCAGGUCAACGUCCUCCUCGCGCGUAUCCCCCUUGCGCGCACACGCGCCCCGGGCCUCCGCGAAGUGUCCAUUCAGACGGAGGUCCACUUUGACGAGACUGUCGAUGACGGCGCGACGGAUGUCGUCGGGCUUGCCGACGCGCUCUCGCCCAUUAUCGCCCCCGCGCUCACGACGCUCCGCUAUUUCGCCAACGUUGCCCCGCGCACGCCCAUCUUUCCGGCCCAUCUCCAGCACCUCACGCUCUCCGCAACAGAGUCACCGCUCGCCCACCCGCUCUCUGCUCGCGACCUGCUCGCGACCCUCGCGGGCGUCCCGCAGCUGCGCUCGCUCACGCUCUCGAUGCCGCUCGAGUAUGAACACCCCUACCUGCUUUGGCCCGACCUUGCGCGCACGGUCGUCCUCCCGCUUCUGACCUCGCUCACCAUGUACGGCCCGACGGACCUGAACGAGCUCCUCUUCCACCUCCGCGCGCCGCGCAUCAAACGCUUACACCUCCGCUCGCUCGAGGACCUGGGCUACCGCCAGCAGCCCAUUGCUCCCAGCCUUCUCCGCUUCCUCGCGCGCUCCGCGCCCUCGUCCUUCACAGAGGAAUCCGACCUCGCCGCGCUCGACUCGUCCCCAUCCCCAUCCACUCAAGAACCUCCCGACGCGGCCGACCUCGGAACGGGCGCGGUCCCGCUGGAGCUCCUCGAGCUGCAUGAUAUAGACUUGGCCCCGGAGGCGUUCGCCUCGGCCUUCCGCGCGCUCCCUCACCUCCGCGAACUCCGGCUACACGAGAGCUCCAUCUCGGACGGCACCCUCCGCGUGCUGCACGGUCCCCACGGAUUCUGCCCGCGGCUCACUAGAGUCGACUUCCGGUGGUGCGGGCAUCUCGGCGGGAAGGCGCUCGUUGAGCUCGUGCGGAGUCGGCUGCCGCGUGCGGAGGCCCAGGACGAGGACUCGACGGCCGGGAUUGGUAUUGAAGUUCUGCACUCUGGGUCGGCUGCUGCGAGUGCGAGUGCAGGCGAAGGAUCCGGGCCCGCGGACCCCAUCGAGGAGGUCGCCGCGAUUAACUGCUGCUUCGUCGAGGAACAGGACGUGCUUGAGCUCGCGCGGCUCACGACGUGCCGCGUCCUGAUGCGCGAGGCCGAUGAGGACUAUUGCCGAACGCGCGACUGUUGUGGGAACGUGCGGUACCGGACGCGCCUGCGGCUCAGACACAUGGUGGGGAUGUCCGCGGAGGAGCGGGCGAGGAUGCGGCUCGUCGUCUGA